CUGAUGGGUGGAACGAAAGUCAGGCAAUACUCGACGACAUUGUGAGCUCUCUCCUCCUGCAAUUGACUGCUACCGCCGGCUCGAACGUCUUUCCCGCCGUAUCCAUACUCCAGAAAAAUGGUGUCCCGCACUCUUCCUCGCAUGGCCGGAUUCGUGUUCCGCGAAAACCGUGUCCCCUACUACCAGCGUCUCUUCCAGAAGCACGACGGCAAGCGCCAAUGGUACCAGACUGAGCGCAGCAACUACAUCAUGUACCCCUACCUGCUCUCCGUCUACGGUCUGGGCAUUGCUUCUACCUACGCCAUGAUCCGUAUGGUCUUUGGCAAGAAGACCUUCUUCGGAAAGGAGUAGGCUGGCCGUCGAUAGGCAGCUUUGUGAUUCUCUAUCAGAUAAAACAGCGCUCGUUGGCCUCGGUUGGUGGUGUGUUUAUCGAGUUGGAUGCAGGGACCCCCGUAUGAAUCAACGCUGUAUAUACGGUCAAGCAGGGCGCUAGAAAUUGUAUCGUUUAUUCAAUUGAUCUUUGAGAUUCCUCAAUUACUUGAUGGGUACCUAUUUCUUCUAUUCAU